UCUUUCUCUAAAAUCAGUUCAUCUACCAGCUUUAAGCAGGUCCCUACCUCAACUAAAUUCCAAGACAAUUGACAUCAGGACACAAGCAGGUAGUUAAAAUUAGUUGGAACAAGAUGAACACUAAUCCACAUUUCAGAAACUAAAUAUUAUCAAACCUGGACUUUUUCACUGCUAAUGCUACUUACAACUGAGUAGUACUAAGUAGUGUGCUUAAAAGCAGCAAGAACAGAAGUAGCAUAAGAAGCAGAAAGAGCUCAAAGAAGAAGAGGUGAUCAUGAGCUACUACCGGGGUACCUCGCCGGCGUGGGGGCUGGGCCGCCGCGGCGGCGGUGGUGGGCCGUCUCCGGUGGUGCCACUCCUCAUCGUGGUGGCCCUGGUCUGGGUCAACUACAACGAGACCCUGACGGAGUGGUACGACAAGGCGGCGAACCUGCCGGGGACGGUGGCCGACAAUGCCGUCACCCUGGUCGCCGCCGGCGGGCUCCUGCUGCUCGCCGCCGUGCUCCUCAGCCGCCGGAGCGAGGUGGUGGUCGUGCCGGUGGCGAUCGUGCUAUCCGUGAUGCUGCUGCAGAACAUCAUGGCGUUCUUGGUCCUGCUGCUGGUGGUCGCCUACUUCGCCGGAAUAUACUACUACCCGGCGGACGCCGCCAAGUACGGCGUCACCGCCGGCGGCGAGUGGUGCGGCGGCGGCGGAUUCUGGUCCGGGCUGGGGUUCUACAUGCUGCUGCUGCUGUGCCUGGUGCUGUGCGCCAUGUUCGCCGACGAGGGUGUCAGGUGGUGGAUUCCAGGGACGCUGCUGGCUGCUUCCCUGCUCUGCCUCAACCUCUUCUCAGGUGGUCAGGUCUUAGGCUAUGGACAUCUCUGAAGAUUUCAUCCUUUUUUUUUCAGGAGUUCUUGGCUUCUUGCCAUUGCCAGAUGAGAUCAUAUGCAUGUGUAGAAUGAAUGAACAUGAUGAGUAAACAGUAUAUAUGUGUGCAGUGCGGUGUUGUUGAUCUAUCUAACUAUGAACAAUUAAGCAUUUUCAUUUUUCAUAUAGAUAUGUUUUUGGCCUUCUGAUCAAUAGAUCUUUUUUCUCUUUA